UUCAGCGAAUUUAAUCUUCAGUUUUUUCUUUCCUCACUUUAGCAAAUUCUCCAUCUUUUCAUGGACCAAGUUCUGUUGCUCAAAAAAUAUUUUAAUGCCCUGGGGGAGGAGGGGGGUCACACCCGGUGAGGACAUGCAACAACUAACCAAUAGGACAAGAUGAGAGAGGAUGGGAAAAGGACAGGGCAGGACAGGAUGUGGGAAAUGAGCAAGUCAUUGCUACUGAUGAGUGGUGCAUUGGGAUGCUUUUAUAGUGUCUAAACACCUGUGAGAACCUGUGAGUUGAUGUCUUAAUAUUACCUGUGUUAUUGUUAGUUGUCCCAGCAUAAGCAAUUCAAACCUAUAGCGUGUCUAUGGAACUUCUUAGGUAAUGAACACCAUAUCACAUGCAUGUUAGUCAACUGGCGUAUGGAGUUGAUGAAGUGGCACAUUGAGGACGCCCAUCCCACGGGGGACCCAGCUAGGGGGGCGCCAACCACUCUCCAGGACGCAGGGCAGUCCCCCAGCCCAACCGAAGCGCCCCAACCAGUCACAAAGGAAGACCCACCGCCCAUCCUAUUACUAUGGUUACCAAGUCCCUUACUGGCAACCAGUACCCCUGUACCGUGAUCGUGUGUGGUGCGGUGUUGUGCAAUCAAAUUGGGGAGACUGGUGGGGGUGGGGCUAGACGGUCACGAGACAAUGAUGACCCGCAACCGUCACCCUCACCCAGGCCAAACAGCUACCCAAAGGAUGUGCGAAUGUUAAGUCGUGGUCUCCCCCAAACUUUGUGAGUUCACAUGUCGCGCGUCCUAUUAAGAAGGGGGGGGGGUUUGCACUCAUCUUCGAAUCUGUUUUUAACCUUAGCACUAGCCCAAACAUCGACUCUAUAACAUUCAAGGCUCUCGUUAUGUGCUCUACAAUACCAUUCAUCCAGCCAUCCAUUUUCCAUACCGCUUGAUCCUCACAAGGGUCGCGGGCGUGCUGUAGCCUAUCCCCGCUAUCAUCAGGCGAGAGGCGGGGUACACCUGAACUGGUCACCAGCCAAUUCGCACACACAUUCACACUUAAGGGCAAUUUGGACUCUUCAAUCAAUGUACCAUGCAUGUUUUUGGGAUGUGGGAGGAAACCGGAGAGGCCGGAGAAAACCCACACAGGCACGGGGAGAACAUGCAAACUCCACACAGGCAGCGCCGGGAUUUGAACCCCGGUCCUCAGAACUGUGCGGCAGAUGUGCUAACCAGUCAACCACUGUGCCGCUCAAUAUCAUUCAUUGCUGUUCAAUUGUUUAUCAAUCAUGAUGCCUUCUGGUCUUCCCAUGUCUAAUAUUAAAAGCCUGCAGUUAGUACAAGACGCUGCAGCAAGACUUUUGACAAAGACGAGAAUAUUCACUCAUAUUACCCCCAUUCUGGCCAACUUGCAUUGGCUCUAGGUCUACUUGAGAUGCGAUUUUUUCAGUCCCGGAACCUACGCUCUCAAAACACUGGUCUUUUGAUGACUCCGAAAGCCAGAAAGAAGUCCGCAGGCUCUCAAGCUUUUACUAUUUAAAUUUUUUCUAUUUGAUGAUUUUUCAAAAGUUCAAUUUAAUAAUAUUCUACUACCAGAUCAUACAGACAGUUUUAACCUAUAUGGCAAAAACUAUUACUGGAAAAAAAAUUUAAACUCUACAUUUAAGUGUAACUAAAUGCUAAAAAGGGAAGUCCUCGCAGCUGCUGUGCUGUAAAACUGAAUGGAGAACUUGCUUUUUUGUUUGCAUGGCCAAAAGAAAAAAGAGGAAAAGUCAAAUAUUCCUGGAUCGAGCGGCCUGCAGACGGUGGAGGAGGCUGGCAACAUUUCCCUGAGACUUGACUUCCCGCCGCUAUACAGAGGUCACGUCAAGUCAUGCUGCAAGGUGUACCCCAGCGGGUGUCAAACCCUCCUGGACAGCACGGGCUACAUCGCCGACUUCCUGAGAGGAAGGGUGAGCGUCACAGAGGCAAACAGCUGGAUUGAGUUCAAAGUGGCUCGGGUACAGACGGGAGACAGAGGCUACUACAGAUGUGUGCUGCUGGGCACUCCCGUCUACAUUUAUGCUGAUCAUCGGUUUCGUGUUUCUGGAACCUUAGCUGACCAUGGCGAGCGGUCCCGGGUCUCGCUGUUGACAAGAACCCAGAGCCCGGAGUGGACCGGAACUGAAGUGCCGCAGGGGCACACUGACCCUCCCAAUAGAACGCUACGGACUCUUUGGACAUGUGGCGCCAUCGCCGUCAUCCCAUUGAGUGUCAUCGUCGUCAUUGUUGUUGCCUCAGUCAAAGGAGCACUUUGUUUCACGGUCAAGAACAAAUCUAAACACUUGGACAAGAGUGGAAAAACGGAAUCAGCCAAACAAGAGGCCACAGUAGGGGAGACGUCUGGCGUCAUCUACACGACAGUAGAUUUCCAAAGCAAGUCUAUAAGAGCGCCUCAUGCUGGUGGGGUGGAGUACUGCACCCUAGCCAUCCACCAGUGAAUGUGCAGCCACUUGCCGCCAUGCCACGAGGUCACUUUGUCUAUUUUAAAUCGAGACAUAUUAUGUAAAGUUGACUUUUGAAAGUUUUGUAUCCAAAUAAUUGUGUGCAUGCAUGUCAAGUAUGAAAUAAAACA